AUGAGAAGAAUCCAUUAAGAGAACCCUAUUUUGAAAGACAAGGCAGGAACAAGCUUUGCAAAGAAGACUGGCUUUACUGUCAUUUUGUUUACCUUUAUUUAAAAUCGGUUUUAUUACCACUGGAAUACUUUUUUUAAAAAGCACCAAGAAGGGCAAGAAAAUGAGGAAGUAAGGACAAAGGAACGAAAGCCCAGAAAAACCAGCAAGGGUUGAAUUCCUCUGAGGAGACAGGAAGGAGCUAUAAAAUAAAUUCUAUCCUUUUCCGAUUUGGGAAAGGUUUUCUUUCCUCCAUGGCUGCCCCAACAGGCAUAGAAUGUUUUGCUGAGGAUCUGAGCUGUUCUAUUUGCCUGGAGCUGUUUUCAGAUCCUGUCAUACUGGAAUGCGGGCACAACUAUUGCCAGGUCUGUAUCACACGGUUCUGGGCUGAGAUCCCUAACAACCAUGAGGAGAACAUGCCCCCAACACUUCCUACUUGUCCAGAGUGUCGGCGUGAGAUUCCCGGUGGCAAAUAUACACCUAACAGGGUGCUGGGACAAUUGGCUGGCAAAGCCCAGGAAUCUCUUUUGGUUCAGCCUGGUGGUGAGGAGACUAACCAUGAUGAAGAUGACGAGGAGAUCCAGGGUGACAAGCUGUUUUGUACUGAAGAUGGGUGCCUGGUGAGAGCUUUGCAACCAGACCACUGGGGUCAUCAGUGUCUCCCUCUAGCUGAAGCUGUAGAGCACUUCAAGGGGAUCUUAACAGCAUCUCAAACCCAGCUGGAAUCCAAAAUCCAAGCAGAAAGAUCCAUUGAAGAGCAGAAGUCCCAGAAACUUCCAGAAAUAACAGCCCAACGGUUGUGUCUGGAGCAAAAUGUCUCUGCCCAGUUCACGGAGCUCCAUCAGUGGCUUCAGGAGAAGGAAUCUGCAUUGAUCAGAGAGAUCCAGAGAGAGGAGAAGCUGCUGCUUAGUGAACUGGACAGGAACCAAAGAAACAGCCAAGAGCAGAUCCGCACAGCCAACGAGCAAAUAGCUAAGAUCCAGGCUCGGCUUGCAAUGGCACCGGACUCUGAUAGCUUCCUUAAGGAUAUCAAAGCCUUCAUAGAAAAAUACUGUCCCGGUGAAGACAAGGCAAGUCCGUUGCCUGUGAUUUCUCGUGACUUCAAUUUAGGUCAAUUUAAAGGGCCUAUUCAGUACAUGGUCUGGAGAGAGAUGUUGCUGGCCUUAAGACCUUUCCCUUUUCCUAUAACCUUGGAUCCUGCCACCAACCAUCCUAACCUUGUGCUCUCCAAGGAUCUUGACACAGUACGCUUGGAAGAUAAUCCUGAAGAAGUGGUCCCGGAUGGUCCAGAAAGAUUUAGCAAGACUGUAUGUGUGCUGGGUGCUGAGGGCUUUACUUCAGGAUGCCAUUAUUGGGAAGUAGAAGUUGGAAAUAAAACCAGCUGGGAUAUUGGGGUGGCCAAGGAGUCGGUGAACAGGAAGGAGGCCAAAGUGACUGUCAAGCCCAGCAAUGGUUUUUGGGCCAUUUGGCUAAGGAAUGGCAGUGAAUACAAGGCCCUUGACUCUCCCUCCAAGCAGUUGUUCCUCAAGAUCAAGCCUCAGAAAAUAGGGGUCUAUUUGGAUUAUGAAGGAGGACAAGUCUCUUUUUAUGAUGCUGACACCAUGAACCACAUCUACACCUUUAUGGAUGCCUUCUCCGAGUGCCUGUAUCCCAUGUUUAGCCCCGGGGUCAACAAAGAUGGCCUGAACGGUGCACCUCUUUGCCUUCUGUGCCCACGGAUCUAGCAAGGACUAAUGUAAGAGUUAUUGGGCUCUGUGUUGACUUUUAUUUCAGUUGUGAAUAGUCUGAAAAUGCCUAACAUGCCACACGGUUGAAACUUGGUGGAACUGAGCCUAUUCAUGGGACCACAUGAAAGUUGGCUUGAACUUUUCUAUAUAUAGGGAAAAAAAAACAUUUUAGAAAUGACAAUGUUACAUCUUACACCACCCAGAGUCCUUCUUUGAAGGAGAUCGGAGGUUCAGAAAUGUGAAAUAUAAAUAAAUAAAAAUUCCCACAAAUUCAAACACAAUCAAUCAGCAGGUUUUGAGG